AUGCAGUCACCUCCUGGAAGAGCCGUACAUUCGAAAUCACGCAACGGCUGUUUGCGAUGUAAGGCCAAGAAGACAAAAUGCGAUGAGAGGAAGCCCGCUUGCGCCCGCUGCGAGAGUCGCGGGUUCCAAUGCCCUGGCUACGCAUUGAAUGUGCGAUGGUCCCAAAAGCACCAAGCCGCCCAAGCAGAGAGACCAUAUGCCAGAGGGCCGAGGACAGCCAAGAGUCCAGAUGCAGUCUCAAUCCGGAAUAUGCAGACUGAGCCUGUUAUUUCGGGAUAUACUACCCGUGCUGCCAGUGAUACAGGCCCAAGCGGUCUGCAUUCCGGCUCGCUGAUCAAUUCUCCUUCACAUUGGGACUUCAUAUUGCCGGAUCAACUCUUCGAUUUCCAGGCCUCCCCCGAAGAGACUUUUAUGGUCGGUGAUGAACCAUCAGCUGCAAUAUCACACAAUGCCUACUUAGAUUGUACUUCUGCGGACUCCGUAUGGGGUGCCAACAGUGACAACUCUGCAGCUUCGUCUACUGUUGAUGCAAUGCUCUCUCUAGGGCAGAGGCGCCUACCAGAUCACAACCUAACUCUAUCGAGGCUUAUCGACCGAUCUAAUCCCUUGCAGUUUUCCUCUGGGAUGCAUCUUGAUGUCGGCCGCAUAGCCUCAAGCCCCCCACGAGAGCUUACUCAUAUGCCCACCGUUCUAUCCGAGCAUUUCUUUCGUGAGGUCAUCACCCUCUAUUGCACCUGGGAUAGCAAGUCAAACACGAUGCGGAAUAUCGUUGAAAGAAAGUGGCAGUCAUCGGGGGUUCUUCAUCACACUAUCCAGAGUAUGGCCGCAGCAUGCCUCUCAGAAGAUUUCCCCCAUUUUGCCCCCAUUGCUGCCAAAGAACACGCACAUGCGCUUGAAUACAUUGGAGAUAUCUCGCCACCUUCAGCUACACCAAGUGAAGAGAAGCUUUUAGCCUCUACAAUGCUCGGGCAUACGGCCAGCUGGCUCAACCCCCAGAGUCUUGCUACGGACAUGUUCAGAGUCAGUUGUGACAUGGUCAGGGAACUCCCUACAGAUGGUGAAAAUACCGACUGCAAAUCAUUCUUCAGCGACACCAUGGAUUACUGGGCAAUGCUCUUGGUCUAUUUGACGGACAGACAGAACCUCGGCACUUAUACAACCGAGUCAGAGGGACCAGCCACCGGAGCCUCUGAUCCGUCUCAGCCCAUCGAGCCCCAUCCUUAUUCGGGCCUUUCAAGGGAGACGGUGAAGCUCCUUACAGAUGUGGGAAUACUUAUUUUCCAAUAUCGAAAACACAUCUCUAACGUAAAGUUCAUGACUGAGAGAGAUCUAGACGUCUUUCGACAGUCAUUACGGGACGCACGCCGAUUUGAAAGGAGACUGCUCGCUCACCGCACCCCUCACCUCUCGCUAGUCAAAGAUACCGGGGAUCCCAAGACCUCACUGGCCCAUCUGCAACUGAUUGACGAAGCCUACAGGUGCACGGGCUUGCUGCAGCUUUACCGCGUGUUCCCCGAUCUACUCAAUGAGCGGUACGCUCCUUGGGAUGAGCAGCUCAUUCUUCAGCCAGCCCCCUCCGAAACGGUCCCCAGCGCCAAAGAAAGACAAACUUGGUUGACCAAACUGGCCAUUCACAUCUUGAAUAUCCUCCGGGAGAUACCGUUUGAGUCCCGGACCCGUAGCGUGCAACCCUUCAUCAUGGUUUCAUCUGCAAGCGAGCUGAAACAUGACGACGUGAGUGACGCGGAUGGUAAUCUGGGCGUGAGCCAAUUCUCGAUCGAAGUGGCACGCGCACGUAAAUUUAUAAGCUCCCGAUUGGCAGCAUAUACUCAUAUUCUGUCUUUGCGGAAGAUAAGGGUUAUUUUCGAGCUGAUUCGGUCAAUAUGGUCAGCGCUGGAUGCCGGAGAGAAGGAUGUGUAUUGGUUGGACGUGGCCUAUGAGAAGCAGCUUGGAACGAUGAUGGGAUGA